AUGGCAGUUAUUGGUAAGUUUGGAAAACCUGAUUUUUUUCUGACUUUUACGUGCAAUCCAAAAUGGCGUGAAAUUACAGAAAAUUUGUUUGCAGGCCAACGUACACACGAUCGGCCUGAUUUAGUUUCUCGAGUUUUUAAAUUGAAACUAAAUGAACUCCUUAAAGAUGUUACUGAAAUGGGAGUUCUAGGUAAGACUAUAGCACAUGUGUAUGUUAUAGAAUUUCAAAACAGGGGUUUGCCUCAUUGUCAUUUGUUAAUUCAUUUAGAUCCCAAUGACAAACUUAGGAAUGCAGAUGACAUAGACAGUGUUAUUUCAGCAGAAAUUCCUAAUCAACAGGAACACCCUGAGCUGUUUGAAAUUGUACGAUCGUGUAUGAUUCAUGGACCAUGUGGACAUCUGAAUCCUAAUUCCAGAUGUAUGGAAGAUGGUGCUUGCACGAAAAGUUUUCCAAAUAAAUGUUUAGCAUCUACGGUAGCUGAAGUCAACGGAUAUCCAUUAUAUAGACGUCGUGAUAAUGGUCAUGAUUGUGCCAACAUUGAGAUCAACGAACAUGUUGAUCAUGAUGAGCAAGGACAGGCUGAAGAGGCUCUGGACAGAGCUGCAGAUCAGACCACAAAAUUAACAGCUUGGUUUGUGUUAAAUGCAGAGAAUCAUGAUGCUCGCCAAUAUAUGUAUCCAGAUAUUCCUCUUUAUUUUGUUUUUAAUAAGAACAAAGUUUGGAAACCAAGACAACGCGGUCAUGGUAAAAUUGUGUCCAGAAUGUAUAGUGUGAGUCUUCGCGCAGGGGAGCUUUUUUAUUUACGUAUGUUGCUAUUGCAUACACCUGGUGCAACUUCUUUUGAAGAUUUACGAACUGUCAAUGGCAAUGCUGCUGAAACAUUUCGUGACGCCUGUUUACUGCGUGGUCUCCUGCAAGAUGAUACUGAAUGGAACAAUACUUUGCAGGAAGCUGUUAACUUUCAGAUGCCUCGACAAUUAAGGCAACUGUUUGCUGUGAUACUUACUCACUGCGAACCUUCUGGUCCUUUUACUUUCUGGACAAGGUACAAGGAUGCAAUGUAUGAAGAUUAUAUUCACCAAAUGAAUGAGGAACAGGCUGAGUACAGGCUGCUUCAAGAUAUUAAUUCUGUACUUAGGCAAUUUGGUAAAUCUCUUACUGAUUAUAAUCUUCCUCAUUUAGAUGAAUUACCCCCAGUUGAAAACAUUGAUGUAGCUAUGCAGGCUGAAAGAGAUUCUCAACUAGGGGGUCAACUUACUGACGAACAGACUGCACUGGCUAAUGCAGUCAUAGAAGCUGUUGUAAAUGUUGCUAACAAUGCAGCCCAAAACAACCGUCUGUUUUAUUUAGAAGGUGCUGGUGGUAGUGGUAAAACCUUUACUUAUAAUUACCUUAUUUCUGAAAUUGCAGAGAACAGUACAUGCAGCAUAACCCCGGUUUCUGCUUAUGCUGCAGAAUUGCGACAAAAGAGUCUCUUUUUACUUGAUGAAGCUUCCAUGAUUCCUAAGCAUGCUUUUCAUGCAAUAGAUCGUCUUCUACAAGAUAUUUGUAAUAAUGAGCUUCCAUUUGGAGGUAAAGUUGUUCUUUUAGGUGGUGAUUUUUCACAGUUACUGCCUGUUGUCAGAAUAGGAAAACCAACUGAAAUUGUGGACAUGUGUUUAAAAAGUUCUCCAUUAUGGCACUUGGUUAAAGAAUUUCGAUUACAUCGAAACAUGAGAACAAGGCCAGGAGAACAACAAUUUGCUGCAUGGCUUCUGCAACUUGGGAAAGGUGUUUUACCUGUUCGGGAGCAUGAACCUUUCCAAGGUGCAAUUGAAGUGCCAUCCCAAUGUGUGAUACAAAAUGAAUGUAUUGUUGAUACUUUGUUUAGGGAUCUUUCACCGGAAAUUAUGGCAUCAUCUGUGGUACUAACACCCACAAAUGAUGACUCACUUAUCAUUAAUGAUCAGGUGUUGGCGCUGUUGCCUGGUGAAGAAAAAGUUUAUUUUAGCGCAGAUGAUGUUGUGUGUGAUGAUGAGGAGGAGCGGAAUCAAUAUCCGGUAGAAUUUUUAAAUAGUAUCACACCUUCAGGUAUGCCUCCUCAUUGCCUUAAAUUAAAAACUGGUGCCAUUGUUAUGUUAUUAAGAAACAUAAACAUAAAUAAUGGUUUAUGUAAUGGCACUCGCCUAAUUAUAAGACGUCUUCAUGACAACUGUGUCGAUGCUGAAGUACUCACUGGUAAUGCCAUUGGAGAUAGGGUACUUAUUCCAAGGGUGCAACUUGCACCUUCGGAUACAGGUAUGCCUUUUGUCUUACGUCGCAGACAGCUUCCACUAAGGCUGUCUUAUGCUAUGACAAUAAACAAGGCACAAGGUCAAACCCUUGAAAAGGUUGGAAUAUUGCUGCGCAGGCCAUGUUUUUCUCAUGGUCAGCUGUAUGUUGCUUUUUCUAGAGCAAGAGCAUUUGGUGAUGUUCGAGAAAGUGUUGUUCCCUCAUCCAGGGAAAAGUAUACCUCUAUAGAAGGUAUAUGGCCAGUGUGCAAUAAUACUGACGUUGGGUGCACUUCCGUCACAUACGUGUAUAUGGAAGUGUCAGGUUUCUGGCUGUUGAACUACUCUUUGUGGGUGAAGUGCAAAGUCCUAUGGCUUACCUUCACGUGGUGCACUUCGUUAAGUGAUUAG